AUGGAGAGCGCGGCAGCGGAAGUCCAGUCAGAGCUGCGUGCUACCGAUGAUCCAGCAAUCGAACACGAGUCGGCGUCUCCGGUCCUUGCGACUGCCCAAAGCGCUCCCAGUCCCGUGAGCCCUUCAACCUCAACCAAAUCCCUCAAGCGCACAGCAGAUAUGAUGGAAGACGAGGAGGAGCGUCAAGAUAACAAGAGGAAACGCGUCGACGACGACAAUGGAGACCGUCCCGAGGCGUCCACGUCUCGAAACGCGGUGGCUACGGACGGAACAGACGCAAGCAAGCCAGUGGAGAACGACGGAACAGAUGCAAACAGACUUGUGGAAGAUAUGGGCCUCGAACUCAGCUGUGGAUGCUGCGCUGCUCUGUGCUAUAACCCUGUGAUUGUUUUACCUUUGUUCUACUUUGUGAGGAUGUCCAUAGCGUCUGCCCGCCACACCUCCAUUCCCCUGCCUGCGUUGGAGACUAGCCCGCUGACGUAUUUCGAGCAGACUGGUGGGACUACUUGUCCAUCUUGUCGCUCUAAUAUUAGCUCGAUCGUUCCCUCGCGCGUUAUCCAAGCUCUUAUCGAAGUUUACCUGCGAAGUGUUCCCUCUCGUGCACGCGUACAAAGGGAAAAGGAACAGGCAGAUGAAGUUUAUACUGCUGGGCAGAGUAUUAGGGUUCCAAGCCCUCGUCCCCGGUCGCCGGAAAUAGCCCCGAUAACCGAUAAUGAUGCCUAUUUCAGACCAUGUCCGCACUGUCCAAGCCCCAAUGACUUUAACUGGAGCUGCCCCGAACCCAUCGUUGACCCUUCUGCGGACUUGAACCGCGCUCGGCUGUUGACAAGUGGUCUUCCUCCAGGCCAUGCUCGAUGUGGAAGCUGCGAGCACCUUCACGCGACUCGGGCGCCUACGACAUCAAAGUGCGACUUUUGCUUGCAGACAUUCUGCGGUCUCGUAGUACCGACACGAUGCCACGCAAAGAGGAUACAAGAGCAGCGACCUUUGCGAAUGGACAGUCUAAUGGAUAUCCUUGGUGAUCCAGACGUCUACGACGCAUUCAACAUCAACGCAAUCGAGUUUGAUUAUCUUCUGGACUACCUGCGAGAACAUGACGUGAACCCACAUAAUAUCUAUUCCGAGAUCGCUGAGCAUAUUCUCAAUAGCCCUGAGGGAUGGAAGCCACUUCUUGACAAGGGCAUCUGGCCCGAACUUACGGAGCGUACAGCAGCAGCUCCCACCGCCAGCAACGAAGCCUCUUCUAGUGCUCCUGCCGUUGUCCAACCAACUCUAGACGAGCAACCCCUAUCAUCUGCUCAGAGCCCAGAGACCAUAGUUGAGAUACCAGCGGCGGAGGUUCUUGUUUCUGUAGAGGUUCAUUCCACCGACUCCGAGGUGCAAAACAGGUCCGAGGUUGUAGAGGCCAUUCCUCCGCCAGUCGUUCCAGUAGCAGAGGUACCAGACCAACCGGACGCUAUGAACGUGGAUCCACCUGCAGCAGAUACUUUGCAAGAAGGACGUCGACCAGCUACUCCUCUCGUUGUCCCAGACAGACUGCCAUCGCCAGUCGAACCGCCGGAACCAGUUCUCGAGGCACUACCAGUGGACGUCGAACAUACGCCAGAACAACAGCCCACACAAACCGCAACGACGGAGCAACCCGAACAACCACCAGUGGAGCCACCACAACCAAUCGAGCCGCCACAGCCUAUCGAAACACCCUCAUCCACCUCUCAAUCGGUGGAAGUGCCGCCACCACCAACUGGGGAGUCGGGCAAUUCUUCUGACUCGGAUAGUGAGGACGGCGAUAAUGGAGAAGAGAACUCAAAUCAGUCGUCUCCGCCCGAGGCGCGCAUAUCCCCUGCGCCAGGUGGUCUGCAUUUGAAUAAAAUUUGCCGAAGCUGUGCGGCUGAAGUCUUUUUCUGGGGUGCGAGAGACUGGUGGAUUCGCGAGAGGGCAAAAGCAGCCGCAAAUGGAGAAUUGCCAGAAAACAUGCGCAAUCGAAAAGACUGCGAGGCACUUGGAACGUGUGACAAAGAACAUGACAAUGCGCACGCACGCGAAUUUAAUCAUGUCCCGCAUCCUCCAACGCCGCCCGCCGGUACAAGCACUGCGCCGAAUACGAAUGCCGCGGCGGAAACCUCGCAGCCGGAUAGCUCAACUUCAGCGGAUCCUAACGCAUCCACGAGCAACGCACGUGCAGCCGAGUCGAGCCCUGAGCGUCCUUCGAACCCAAGUUCGCCACAGCAGAAUCGGAUGGAGAUUGAUCCUCCUGCGGCUCCUCUGUCAUCACAGUCGGAUGCCGUUAACCCGGCGCCUAAUCCAGAUUCUUCCAACGCUACGUCCGAUGCGCCAGCUACUACGACAAAUGCCGAUACUCAAGCGCCAACCUUGGGUUUGGAAAACGUCUCCACAAUGGACCACGAUCACGACUCGUCCAACGCGUCGACACUCGAAUCACCAAAUGUCUCUCAAGCAUCGACGUCGGGGGACCCGUCGGCGAACGGGACAGCAAACGGACCCAUGGCCGACUCUAGUAUUUCAAUGAAGAUUGAUUCAGCCUCACUGUCGUCACGUGGUGACGUCCAGAUGAUAGUGCACACAGAAGACGAACCGCCAUCCGCGGUCGAUCUUGCAGGGUCUCCGUUGACCACUCAGACGCAUUCAUAG